UUCAAAUGCAUACAGCGCAUCCUGAUUGGCCAGUGAAACCAGUCAACCGCAUGCGUAGUACAGGAAAUACAAACGAUGGAUUGGUAUCAGAGAUGUAACGGUUACAAUCAAUGACAUUCAUGUACACCACAAAGGCUGCGGUGACAUAUGUCUUUUGGAAAAAUAUCUGGUUCAAACUAUUUAAUUCUGAAAACAACAGUAAUCGCACAAUCCUAUUUUAUGUAUUCGGUCCAAGUUUACCGAGAGCACCUGAAGGCAGCACGUUGAGGAACAGGAAAUGAAGGCUGUUUUGGGCAGACACUUUCCUCCGUGCAGACGGUGAGUGCUAAACUCAAGAUUUCUCGCUCGAAACCUCUUUCUAGAUUGUAAACGAGGUGUCGCCAAGAUUUAAAUGUAUAAAUGUUAAAUUCGAGGUUAAAACAUAGCCGAGAGAGCAGCUUCAACCACCGUUACUAUGACGUCACGUUACUAGUUUGCAAGUGCCGCGGUAACGUUAGUUCAAAUGAACGAUGUAUAAAAGUUACAUUUUGUUUUGUUGGUGGGUUGUUUGAGGUGUCUGAAAUAACGCACCUGGAAGCCACACACUGAGUUUGUUUGCUGCUUGUGUGAAAGAAAACUGCGGUUAAAAUAAAUAAAUCAACUUCACGUUAUGAAGAGUACAACUAAGUAAAGUUAACCAGAACCACUAACGAAAUUAUUGACAAAUCACAGUCAUUAGUAAACGAUAAAGAAUAAAGCUGUCGGGUUUAAAAAGUACCCGGUCGAUCUGUGGCUAAAAUGAAUGCCUUGACAGCUACCAGCAUACAGGGAUCGGGUUUACGGGGUCAGCUGCAUAACUGAGCAGCCUGUCCUGACCACAAAGUGUGUGUGUGUGUGUGUGUGUGUGUCGGGGCUGGUGGGUGCUGGCAGAAGCCCUCCUAUUGUCAACGCUCACACACACAUACACACAUACACCGCACACUAUAUAACUGAUCCUCUCAGAGGGGCCGAGUCGGGUUUUUUGGUUUCAGUGCAAGAUGGAUAGACUUCUGUGAAUGAGGCAAGCCAUACUGUUAAUGGGGAAGCACUAAUUAUACACUCGGGGCCCUGUUCAUUAGAUGCACCUGUACUGUACAAUCUAAUGCAAUCUAAUACAACAGUUACACCGUCAUAGAGAUGUUACGUAUAUGACGUUUUAGCUCGUGUCGGACUACAUUUGAUUGUGUUUCUUAUAUUUAUGUUUUCUCCUAGUAUAUGUAAAUAUAGGAAGGGCAGAACAUCAGAAACCUCACAUUAUAAUGUAGUCCUCCAGUACAACCCCACCUUUGACCUUUUAGUAAUAGAUCUAUAAUUUAAUUUACACAUUGCUCAUAAUGUUCUUUCAAAACUCAACACUCGAGCUUUGUAAAGGUAGAAUUUAUAACACUGCUUUUGUAUUAGAUUCUAAUAGAUUGUACAUCUGUUCCCAUGUUUCCCAUCUGCUAAAUAUUUUUACAAUUAAUCAUUUGUCUAACAUGUCAGAAAAUAGGGGAAAUACCUAUUAUUCCUCUUCAAAUGUCUUGUUUUAUCCAUCCAACAAUCCAAAACACAAAGGUAUUGUCUUACUUAUGAAAGUUUUAAACCAAACAAACCAACUGUUGCUUGGAAAACAAAUGAAAGUAUAAUUAAUGAUCAAAAUAGUUACAUUUUGUGUUAAUUGACUGAACCCAAUGACAUUCCGUCCCGUUUAAGUCUUCACUAGGUUACAUUCACCUAACAGUUGUAGCAAGUUAUUGUGUUUUGCUGAACACGUAGCUUUUCAUCCAUCCUGCUGUCCUGCCAGAUCUUCUUCUCCCUAAUCCUUGGUCCUGAGCCUGGCCUCUAGUCUCCACCAUGGACAACCUAGAGGAGGACUUGACGUGCUCUGUGUGCUACUCUCUGUUCGCUGACCCACGUGUCCUGCCGUGCUCGCACACCUUCUGUAAGACCUGCCUGGACAACCUGCUCCAGGUGUCUACCAACUAUUCCAUCUGGCGUCCACUCCGCCUGCCGCUAAAAUGCCCCCAAUGCCGCAGCGUGGUAGAGCUGCCCCCGAUGGGCGUAGACUCUCUGCCCACCAACAUAUCUCUGCGAGCCAUCAUCGAGAAAUACCAGAGUGACAGUGCACCGCGACACCCUUCCUGUCAGGAGCACCACAGGCAGCCUCUGAACAUGUACUGCAUCCAGGAUCGGCAGCUGAUCUGUGGGCUGUGUCUGACUGUCGGGCAGCACCAGGACCAUCCCAUAGAUGACCUUCAGGCAGCAUUCGACAGAGAAAAACAGACUCCAUCGCUACUGCUGGCCAGCCUCUCAGAGCAGAGAUGGGGACAGGUGUGUGAGCUGGGGGAGCAGCUGGAGCAGGAGAAGGUCCGCUGUGAGGGUCUAGUGAGGCAGGACCGACAGGAGGUUCAUCAGUUUUUUCAGUCGCUGGAGGUGGUGCUGGCCAGGAAGAGACACGCCUACCUGGAGGCACUGGAUAAAGCGGGUGCAGAGGUGUCCCAGGUUUACGACCCUCUCAUUCACAGAGUAAAGGCACUCCAGGAAGAACAGAUGGACCUGGUGUCCUUGGGUUCAUCCGUAGAGGAGGAGGACUCGCCGUUGAUCUUCCUGGAGCAGGUCCAUUUGUUCCGAGAGAGGGUUGAAGAGUUUAUUAAAACCCCUCUGCCCUCGGUGAUAAACCUCUCCGUCACUCCGCGGGCAGCAGAGCACCUGCAGCGGCACUGGCCUGCUGUGACUAUCGGGAGCCUGGAGGACGCACCUGUCCCUACGGUGUGCUGCUGCGCCAGAUGUGGCGGUGUGGAGGCUGGUGUGGAAACGGAAGCCGGACGAAGGGAUCAGUCCGACAGCCGGGGGCCGAGGUUGUGGUGGGAACUGCAGCCCACUCUCCCUGUGAUGCUGCUGGGGCUGCUGCUGCUAACGCUGCUGCUCUGGGUCAACCCGGUCGGGGGGGCGUCACUCGGUUUCUCUCUGCUCGCUCAGUUUAGUCAGUUAGUCCACGGCCUGAGCAGUGAACUGAUCACAUCUGUCUGGGACACAGCAGGGUCAGCUUGCACUGUGUUGGAGGCCGCUGUAGAAAGAUGGAGCUCUCGCCUCUCCUCAGUGGGGGAAAAGACAUCCCAGCAGCUUGCUGCCUUUUUAAAAAACUGACUCAAUUAAUUUAGAGGCUGACAAAGCUUUACUUCCACACUCCUGUCAUGAAGGAAAACGCAUACCUUUUUAAAAGCCUGCUAUUGUCCUGGACAUUCAAGGCAAGUGUAAGGAAAAUUAAUGCAACAAAAUGUACCAUUAUACAAUUGGAUAGAACAAAAAUCUUUUACUUAAAAUGGAUCGAGUAGAAAUAAUUUGAACAUCCAAUUUGAAAUGCUUGAACCAUUAUAUGCAGAUGAUGGUGAAUUUCGUUCUACGCCGACCAGGGGAAACAUCGGAUGUGACUUACUCAUGCAUUCGAAUGUUCGUGUAACCGCACGGAAAUUGUCUUAAAAGAAUGUCGAUGUUUAUGUAGCCGUACAUCUUAUUGUAUAAUUAUUUAAGUGUUAUGUUCCCAUUUAUGGUAACUAAUGAGCAUUAAUAAUUUUUUUUUCUUCCAUAGGUUAA